GGAAACAUGCCAAUAUCUGAGACCCCGGUUUCAUGGAAUGUGUUCACUUCUUAUUGGCUCCUCGCCCCACUCCUCCAUUUUUAAUGCCAAAAUUUUCCUCUCUCCUCAUCCUUCCGCUCUAUAUCCACUCGCUCGCCGCUCCCGCACCUCUCUUCGCUAUACUGAGGGAUUCCGUUUUCGGCUUCAACGCAUAUUUAAGUUCAAAAUAUGUCCUUGCAAUUGCCAGCAAACUUCCUUGGAGUACCCAGAAACAUGGCACGAUCUGAGAACUGAGAAGGGAAAGUUGGCACGAAAUUCGUCGAAAAGAACAAAGCCUUCUCCGUCAUAAAAAUCCGAUACACCUGAAUAGAAUUUUGAAGUGAACCUGGGAAGCAAUGGAGUCAGAUCUUGAGCACCGCUCUUCAAUGUUACAUGGUCAUCAGCAGCAGCAGCAGAUGAAUUCUGGUUUGACACGGUACAGAUCGGCUCCGAGCUCAUAUUUCACGAAUGUCAUAGACAAGGAAUUCUAUGAGGACGUGUUCAAUCGGCCUUCCAGCCCCGAAACAGAGCGAAUUUUUUCACGGUUUAUGAAUAGCCUUGCUAAUGAGUCAGAAGAUGCACCGGCUCAAUAUCUUUCAUCUGCUCGACAAAAUUCUGCUGUGAAGGAAGAGAUGGAUCAGCAGCCUCAGGUUAUGCCUUCCGUGAACAAUGAAAUGGAGGCUUUCGAGCUGCAGCAGCAGCAGAACAGUAUUAAUAAUUUUGUAUCUGCUCCGCAGAAUCUUUUCCAAAGCUCAGGGCGUCCACCUUUGCCGAAUCAGACCCUGACUUCUUCAGCUAUGGAAGGAGUCUAUUCGAGGGCAAGUCAUCGAUUGUCACAUAUGAAGGCUCCCGAUGCAAAUAAUUCCAAUCUAAUCAGGCACAAUAGCUCACCCGCUGGACUCUUUUCCACCAUAAACAUUGAAAGCUUUGCUACUAUGAGAGGCGCAGGCAUAUUGGGAUCUGGUAAUAACACAAGCGAAGAAGCGAACUUCUCUUCAGCGAUGAGGAUGAAAAAUCCGCCAAAAUACUCGAAAGGCUUAAUGUCUUCCAUAGCUGAAGUUGGGGGCAAAGGCAACACAGAUCAUAUUCAAGACACUGAAUCUUUUGCUGAAAGUCAAGAUAAUGAGUUUAUCACAGGUUUCCCCCCAGGUCCUUGGAACGAUUCUGCACUCAUGUCUGACAAUACUGCUGGACUAAAAAGAUUUAGAGACGAGGAUGCAAAAACAUUUUCUGAGACUCAGAACGAGGCAGCCAGCCAGCCUGGUCCUGCUCCUCUGGCUCAUCACCUCAGCUUGCCAAAAACUUCAGCUGAAAUGGCAGCCAUUGAAAAGUUUCUGCAGUUCUCAGAUUCUGUUCCCUGUAAAAUUCGUGCUAAGAGGGGGUGUGCGACUCACCCGAGAAGCAUCGCAGAGAGGGUUAGAAGAACUAAGAUCAGUGAGCGCAUGAGGAAACUACAAGAUCUGGUCCCCAACAUGGACAAACAAACAAACACAGCAGACAUGUUGGACUUGGCUGUCGACUACAUUAAAGACCUUCAAAAGCAGGUUCAGACGCUUUCAGACAGUAAUGCAAAGUGCACGUGUCCACACAAGCAGAGGCAGUGAUGGAAAAGAUGAGGGAGGAUACAGCUGCAUCAUUGUACAGAUUUGUAAUAAAUGUGGUUCAGGAAGAAGAUCAUAUGGGGGGAAGAGCAAGGUAGAGGGUUUGCUCAUAACAACUAACCGUAAGAUGCUACAGAGAGCAGGCAUGGGUGUACAAAAUUGAUGCUGUAAGAUAAUUUGUUUUAGGGCAGUUAAGAGACGAAUUAAUGCGGUGUUUGCUUGUUUCCUGAUGGAGUAGUAAAGAGGAUAUGUUGUUGUUGUAUGGUUUCGCCUUCGCAUUAAAUGGCAAUAAGGGAAACAUCGUGGAGGGGCCGACGUGGUCAUGUGUUAUGAGGCUCGAGUCCUGCCUUUCCCUUUUUUUCCUCCAUAUAUGGGUUUCUCCAAUAAUGUCAUUCUGGUGGUGUUCGUUCCAUUUUCGAAA